CCUCGGCCGGGGCCGGGGUCACUUCCGGGUCGCGGCCGCAGAAGCGGCGGGAGCGGAGCGGAGCGGGUCGGGACGCGGCGGCAGGUUCGCCAUGGGCCGCCGUAAGUCCAAGCGGAAGCCGCCGCCCAAGAAGAAGAUGACGGGGACGCUGGAGACGCAGUUCACCUGCCCCUUCUGCAACCAUGAGAAGUCCUGCGACGUCAAGAUGGACCGUGCCAGGAACACGGGGGUGAUCUCCUGCACCGUCUGCCUGGAGGAAUUCCAGACGCCCAUCACCUAUCUGUCGGAGCCGGUGGACGUUUACAGCGACUGGAUCGACGCCUGCGAAGCUGCCAACCAGUAGCAGCCGGGGCAGCCCCUGCCCACUGCGCGACCCCAGACCCCCGGGGAGACACGUUCCUGCCCCGAGACGUGAGGGCAGUCACAUCCCGGCCGCUCCUUAGUGGUGUUUUCUUUGUGUUUUCUUUACGUUUUCUACUUUUCUUUCCCCAAGCACAGGGGCUCCAGCUCACAUGGGGACCCAGGACAUUUGUCCUCCCCUCCCCGGGGACAAGACCCCCUGCUUUUGGGGCAGGUCUGGGGGAGGGGGCUCUCCUGGCCCCUCUGGGCCUUGUCCCCAUCCCGGGCGCUUCGUUGCUGCUCGCCAGCGAGCUGGGGACAAGGGCUGGGCACGUGGGCGACGCAUUUUGGCAGAGCUGCCCUCGAAUAAAAGCCCUGCUUGGGGCCGGGCCGGG